UCAGCAAUCAAGGGGGCUUGGCUCAUUAGCGGGCGGAUCAGAGCAGGAAGGACAUGUGAGAUAGUCACAGUUUUACAGAGAUCAGGACAAGAUCUAACCGUUUCCACUCCGGCUCCUUUGGCCAUGGGCAGCCCUGGCCCCAGCGCCGUCCGCGCAGCGCGCAGCCGUGCCGGCCCCGCCGGGGCGCAGCGCGGGCCCGCGGGGGUGUGAGGGCCCCCGCGCCCGCGGCUCCUCCGCGCAGCCCCGCGCCGGCUUUUGUUUCUAUUUUAGUGUUGUUAAGGACUUUACCGGGAGAGCUUGCUCCCUCUCCCUCUCUCGCGCUAGCUGCAACAACAACAAAAAAUAAGGACCUACUGUCUCCCCUCCGCAGACCGGGAGUCCCAGGAGCCGGGAACUGCCUCUCUUUUUUCCUUUUUUUUUCCUCCUUUUUUUUUUUUUUUUUUUUUUUUUUUUUUUUUUUAACAGACCUAGUUCCGCUGUUUUUCGGGGUUUUGUUGGUUUUUUUGUUUUGUUUUGUUUUUGAUUUUCCUUCCUCUACCAGAGACUCGAGCGAGUUCGCUGGGCAAGGAGGGGGGGAAAUACGUAUUUUUAUAAAGGGAAUCCCUCUUUUCCUCCUGCAUUUGUGGAUGCACCGAUGAGAGAUCCAGCCUUUCCGGGGACUGCAAUGGCUUACCACCCCUUCCACGCACCCAGACCAGCCGACUUCCCCAUGUCUGCUUUCCUAGCAGCCGCCCAGCCGUCGUUUUUCCCCGCUCUGGCUCUGCCGCCGGCGGCGUUGGCUAAGCCCAUGCCGGACCCCAGCCUGGCCGGGGCGGCCGAAGCCGGGCUGCACGUCUCGGCGCUGGGCCACCACCACCAGGCAGCCCAUCUGCGCUCCCUCAAGAGCCUGGAGCCCGAGGAGGAGGUGGAGGACGACCCCAAAGUGACGCUGGAAGCCAAGGAGCUUUGGGACCAGUUUCACAAGCUGGGCACGGAGAUGGUGAUCACCAAGUCUGGAAGGAGGAUGUUCCCCCCGUUCAAGGUGCGGGUCAGCGGCCUGGACAAGAAGGCCAAGUACAUUUUGCUCAUGGAUAUAGUUGCGGCCGACGACUGCCGGUACAAGUUCCACAACUCCCGCUGGAUGGUCGCCGGCAAGGCCGACCCGGAGAUGCCCAAGCGCAUGUACAUCCACCCUGACAGCCCCGCCACGGGCGAGCAGUGGAUGGCCAAGCCGGUCGCCUUUCACAAGCUCAAGCUCACCAACAACAUCUCGGACAAGCACGGCUUUACCAUCCUGAACUCGAUGCACAAGUACCAGCCCCGCUUUCACAUCGUCCGGGCCAACGACAUCCUCAAGCUGCCCUACAGCACCUUCCGCACCUACGUGUUCCCCGAGACAGACUUCAUCGCCGUCACAGCCUACCAGAAUGACAAGAUCACCCAGCUGAAAAUCGACAACAACCCCUUCGCAAAGGGCUUUCGGGACACGGGCAAUGGCCGGCGGGAGAAGAGGAAGCAGCUGUCGCUGCCGUCGCUGCGGAUGUACGAGGAGCCCUGCAAGCCCGACCGCGACGGCGGCGAGUCGGACGCCUCCUCCUGCGAGCCGGCGGCGGGCCGCGACGCGCUGCACUCCCCGGGGGGCGCCGUGCCCAGCCCCCUGCGCCUCAAGGGCAGCGGCAGAGAGGAGAAAGCGGGGGCUGACAGCGACCAGGAGGCGGAGAAGGUGCCCGAGGAGCGGCCGGCCGGAGCGGGCAGCCCCGGCGGGGAGGACGCGACGCCCCGCGGCAGCCCCCGGUGUCUGGAGGAGCGGAGCAAGGAGAGGCGCAGCCCGGAGAAGGGCAAGGACGGCACGUCGCCCAAGGAGGGUCCCGUCGUCGAGGGCCUGUUCGGCCUGCGGGGCCUGGAGAAGGACAAGGUGGAAGGGCGGAGGAAAGAGCCGGAGCCGGGCAAGAAGGAGGCGGAGGGCGGCGGGCUGGGCAAGGAGGCCUUCGCCCCGCUGAUGGUGCACACGGACAGCCCCCCGCACCUGAGCGCCGGGCACCUGCAGAGCCUGGCGCUCUCCGGCCUCCACGGGCAGCAGUUCUUCAGCCCGCUGGGCGCCGGGCAGCCACUCUUCAUCCACCCGGGACAGUUCGCCAUGGCCCCCGGGGCCUUCUCCGCCAUGGGCAUGGGACACUUGCUGGCCUCGGUGGCCGGCGGCAGCAGCCUGGAGAACGGGGCCCUCUCGUCGGCCCAAGGCGCCGCGGGGACGGCCACCCCCUUCCCGUUCCACCUCUCCCAGCACAUGCUGGCCUCUCAGGGAAUCCCGAUGCCCACCUUCGGCGGACUCUUCCCCUACCCCUACACCUACAUGGCGGCGGCGGCGGCGGCCGCCUCGGCCAUGCCGGCCAGCAGCGCGGCGGCGGCGGCGGCGGCUGCGGCGGCCGGCGGCGGGCCGCUCUCCCGCAACCCCUUCCUGGGCGGCAGCCGGCCCCGGCUGCGCUUCAGCCCCUACCAGCUGCCCGUGGGCAUCCCGCCCAGCACCAACCUGCUCACCACAGGGCUGCAGCCCGCCGGCGAGGGCGCCCCGGGCGGCGGCAGCCGGGAGCCCAGCCCGCCGCCCGACGGGGGGCCGCCGCCGCACAAGGCGGGCGCCCAGCGCCCCACCACCCCCAAGGGUUCGCUCAAGGAGUCCCUCAACGAACUGCAGAACAUCCAGAGACUGGUGAGCGGGCUGGAGAGCCAGCGGGAGCUGUCGCCCGGCCGCGACUCCCCCAAGUGACCGGCGGGGCGGGCCACGCGCCCGCCCCCCCGGGGCUGACAAGCACUGGCAUUUUGUACAGCACAGGAUAAAUAUUUAUUGAAGAGCGCAGGGUGGGGGUGGACGGGUGCCGGCGGAGCGGCCACCCUGUCCGGGCUGUGGGGCGGGAGCUGCUCCCCCGAGACCCCCUCCGUCUCCUCCCAGCUCCGGGAGCAGAGGCGCCUGGGUGCCGCUGGACGGGGCGGGUGCCCACCACCUCCCGGCCCCGACCCCUUCCCUGGGGGGGGGGGCUGAAACCUCGUCUGUGCAAGGAGGGGGGGAAGGAAAAACAGGAACCAAGGAAGGAAAUGCGGGAAGCACGCCGACCCCGCAGCAGUCGCAGCCACCGCUGAGCUGCGAUGCCCAGCGACACUCAAAAUUGGUACCAGGCAGUGCGGCGGGAGGGUGGAAUCUAUCUGCGUACCAGGAAAAAAUAUUUAUGAAAUAAAUGGUAAUUUGUGUAAAUAAGCUAUAAGGAUCCCAGAAUAUGCAAAUUGGUAUUAAUUUAUUCAGAGUUGUACAUUGGUGUGUACAUAAUAUUUAGAGUUUAACUCAUCGCAUUUAAGUUUUUUUUUUCAUUUUACAUGAACAUAUAUAUUGUAAAUGAAAACUAUUUAGCUCUUUGUGAUUGAAGGAGAUAUUGGUUUCUUUAACUGUGUUUUAAAAUAUUGUUUAUCCCGCCUGCUCUCUAGGACAAUCAUGUGCCAUCAGUAAAACACUUUUUGGAGUCAUUGAAACUAAGAGUUCAAUUCUUUAACGGAUUUUCACAAGAAAAAACGAAUCCAAAACGUAACUAAAAUAUAUCUACAGUGCGGGGUAUAGAGAAUGCAGGAAUAAACCUCAGGUUUUUAUUUUUCACUCCGGAACAAAAAAAAAAGUAUAAUAAAUUUAAAUAUCACAUGGACUGUGCUCUAUAUUUGUUUUAAAAUUUAAAAAAAGACAUGAUUUGAAAUGUGCUGGUUAUUCGGGUAUCUAUCUGUUCAUUUUUGAUGAAUUCUCUCACAUCUUUCAAUAAAAAAUACUCAGAGAA